CGACUGGAAGGUUUUUUUUUUUUUUUUUUUUUUCUGUCGAGGAGGACUCUGCUGCGUCGCCGCCCAGUACUAAAUCAAUCAAUCGGGCUCAGUAAACACAAAAUCUAAGCAAGUUCGGAAAAUGGAGGGACGUCGUCUGAUUCUGGUAUAGAUCCAUCCACCCCACAGCCCUGAUGGAAGCUGACAACGGAGGCACCAAUUCUAGUCAUGCUUCCAAACAACGUUUGCGUUGGACGCAUGAGCUACAUGAACGCUUCGUUGAUGCCGUUGCUCAACUUGGUGGCCCUGAUAGAGCUACACCCAAAGGCGUUCUUAGAGUGAUGGGUGUACAAGGAUUAACUAUAUAUCAUGUCAAGAGUCACUUACAGAAAUAUCGACUUGCAAAGUAUCUUCCAGAUUCGUCUGCUGAAGGGAAAAAAAUUGAUAAAAAAGAAUCUGGAGAUAUGCUCUCUGGGUUGGACGGCUCGUCUGGAAUGCAGAUAACUGAAGCCCUCAAGUUGCAGAUGGAAGUUCAGAAACGAUUGCACGAGCAACUAGAAGUGCAAAGACAGCUGCAACUACGGAUAGAAGCACAAGGGAAGUACUUGAAGAAGAUAAUUGAAGAGCAACAACGACUCAGUGGAGUACUUGGCGAACCAUCAGCCCCAGUAAUAGGCGAAUCAGAUCCUGCAACCCCUGCCCCAACCUCUGAGUCUCCCCUUCAAGACAAGUCUGGCAAGGAAUGUGGACCAGACAAGAGCCUCUCAGUUGAUGAGUCUCUUUCAUCUUAUCGGGAGCCUUUGACACCAGACUCGGGGUGUAACAUUGGGUCUCAGGAUGAGAGCGGAGGGGAAGAGAGAUCAUCAAAGAAGCCUAGGUUGGUGAGAAGCGCUGCUGGUUAUACACCUGAUAUAGUAGUGGCACACCCCAUACUAGAAUCCGGCUUGAACGCUUCUUACCAUCAGUCAGACCAUACCCUCGCCUUUGACCAUCCAUCUACAUCGCUGCUUGGGGCUGAAGAUCGAUUGGACAAGGUUUCAGGAGACGAUCUAUGAGUUGUAUCACGUGGCAUCUGUAGUAGAGUUUACCACAUGUAGUGUUCUGUCUAUCCUUGUCCCUAUUAGUUAGCAGUUUCUCUAGUGAGGCGAUCACAAUUCUCUAAUUCUAGACACUGCCACUAGCAUGAACAAUGAAUAUAUAUCGUGUUGUGCUGUAAUUUGAUAAACACAAAAGAAAAUUACUCUUAUUCCCAACA